UGCCGGCUACCCCCAACACAAGUCAUCAUGUCUCUCAGUCAGAAGAGUGAGUGCUGCAAGCUUGAGGAAGACCUUCAGGCCUCCAGAGAGGCCCAGGGCCCAGUAGGUGUGCAGGGCCCCGUGGCUGAGGAGGAAGAAGCCACUUCCACCUCCUUCUCUCUCUAUCCUUUGAUCCCAGGCACCCCAGGGGAGGCACCUGCCACUGGGACACUGAGUCCUCUCCAGAGUUCUCAGACAGCCUGCCUCUCUCCCACUGCUGUCACAACUGUUCCAUCAAGUCAAUCUGAUGAGAGUUCCAGAAGUCAAGAAGAGGAAGGGCUCAGCACCUCGCAGUCUCCAUCAGAUCCUGAGUCCUUGCUCACUGACGUGCUAGACAAGAACAUAGCUGAUUUGUUGCAGUUCCUGAGUGUCAAGUAUAUAACAAAGGAGCCCAUCACAAAGGCAGAGAUGCUGAAGACUAUCAUCAGAGAGCACCAGGGCCACUUCCCUGUGAUCUUCAGGAAAGUCUGUGAGCGCAUGGAAGUUGUCUUUGGCAUUGAAGUGAAGGAAGUGGAUCCCACCAGCCACUCCUAUGUGCUUGUCAGAGCACUAGACCUCACCUACGACGGGCUGCUGAGUGAUGAACAGGGCGUGCCCAAGACUGGCCUCCUGAUACUUAUCCUGGGUGUGAUCAUCAUGAAGGGCGACUGUGCCCCUGAGGAGAAAAUCUGGGAAGUGCUGAGUAUGAUGGGAGUAUACGCUGGGAGGAAGGAUUUCAUCUAUGGGGAUCCCAGGAAGCUCAUCACCAAAGAUUUCGUGCAGGAAAAGUACCUGGAGUACCGGCAGGUGCCCAACAGCGAUCCUCCACACUACGAAUUCCUGUGGGGUCCACGGGCCCACGCUGAAACCAGCAAGAGGAGAGUCCUGGAGUUUUUUGCCAAGAUCAGUGGGACUGACCCCUCUUCCUUCCCAUCCUGGUAUAAGGAAGCUUUGAGAGAUGAGAAAGAGAAAGCAGAGGCCAGAAUUGCUGCCACGGUUGAUACUACUGCCAUAGCCAGUGAAAGUUCCAGUGUCACGUCCUGCGGCUUCUGUCCUGAGUGAAGUCUGAGGAAGAUUCUCCACUCUUUGUUUGAAGAUAGCCAAAGUUCUAAGUAGUGGAGGGCCAGGGUGGAUCUGGAGGGAAUACACAGUAUAAGGUUCUUGUGUUCCUGUUCUAUAUGCGUGAUUUGGAGAUUUAUCUUUUUUUCCUCGUUUUUUUUUUCAAAUAUUUUUCCUUGUAAGAGAAAGUUUAAUUAACUUCAGAAUCUAAGUUAAUGAAGGACAGUAGUUUAAGAAUGAGAGUUUUGCAAUUUUGCAAAACAAAUUGGGAAAGGUCUCAUCUUUUCUUGUGAUCUGGAACAAGAUAACAUGGGAUUAGAAUAGGAAUUUCCAUGGAAAUGUGAAAGAGCCCAGCAGUAAAACAGAGAGGUUCAAGGAAUAGAGGAAAAAAUGUAAAGCAUGGUUAAUUCUUGGAUUCACUUAUCCCUUUUAGUCUGUCAUUCUGUAAAAUUAAAUUAUAUAUGCAUGGAUUUGCUUGGCUUAUUCAAGAAUG